GCUGUGAGGGAGGAAAGCGGCAGAGAAACAGCCCAGGAUCUGGCUGCAAAGGAGGAGGAGGCGGCUGCAAGCGCUCACCCUCCCUCCAUCCAUCCCUCCAUCCCUCCUCCCCUGCAUCCCUCACCGCUGCCUUUACCAGGCACAGGCCCCCAGGGACCCGCCGUCCCCAGGGCGCUCAGCAGCCUUCACCCUCCCACCAUCCCACCAGGGCCUUCAGCCUCAGCCCCCCUCCUUCCUCCUCCUCCUCCUCCUCCUCCCGCAGCCACCACCCUCCAUCCCUCCAUCCCCAGGGCCUGGCUGCCAUGGAGGUGCUGCCUGCGGGGAGCCGGCUGCUUCCCGCUGCUCCUGCCCGCAUCCCUCCUGCCCAGCAUCACUCCUUCCCCACAAAGCCCUGAUCACCCGCCUCCUUUGUGCACCGGAGCGGGGUGUACGUGCUCCGUCCAUCCCCCGCCGGAGCCCCCCACUUUCGUUGCGCUCGGUGGGGACGGUGACUGUGAGGACGCAGGAGAGAUGCUGCCCUGGCCGGAGGAGCCGAGCGCAGGAGGUCGGCGACGAGAAGCAGCGCCUGGCACCAGCCGAUGCUGAUACAUCCCCCAGAACUACUGGACCCCCCACUUCCACGCCAGGUCUCUCCCCCCGCCAUGCCCCAGCAGAGCCGCGGCCCCACUGCCCUGGGCUCCCCAACCCAUCCCAAGUGCCACCACUCCAUCCAUCCCACGCCAUGACCGUGGCCAUGCAGUUCCCCUGCGCCAGGGACGCGUAGCUGAGGGAUGGCCUCGCUGGACCUGCCCUACCGGUGUCCGCGCUGCGGGGAGCACAAGCGUUUCCGCAGCCUCUCCUCGCUGCGGGCACACCUGGAGUACAACCACACCUACGAGACCCUCUAUGUCCUCUCCAAGACCAACAGCAUCUGCGAUGCUGCCGUCUUCCCCUUGGCCGCCGACGGGGCCUUGCUGACGCCGGCUGCCCGGCGGGACUACUUUGAGAGCACCUCCUUCCAAGGCAAGGACCAACGCUUCUCCUGCGACCUCGUCCCCGCCGAGGAGCUGGAGCCAGCCCCGUCCUCCUCCCCCUCGCCCCGUUAUGUCCACGAGAUCGAGAUCCCGCUGACGGAGAUCUUCACCCGGGGCAAAGCCGUGACGCCGGCCCCAGCGCCACCGGCCACGAUGGACGCUGCCUAUGAGGAAGGUUUGGCUCGCCUGAAGAUCCGCGCCUUUGAGAAGCUGGAGGUGGACAAGCGGCUGGAGAAGCUGACGGAGGAGGUGGAGCAGAAGAUUGCCUCGCAGGUGGGCCGGCUGCAGAUGGAGCUGGACCGCAAGAGCUCAGAGCUGGAGAAGGCCAAGCAGGAGAGUCUGCGGCUCAGCCGGGAGAAGCAGGAGCUGGAGGACCGGGCAUCCGAACUGUCCCGCCAAGUGGAUGUCAGUGUGGAGAUGUUGGCCUCCCUCAAGCAGGACCUGGUGCAGAAGGAGCAGGAGCUCACCCGCAAGCAACAGGAGGUGCUGCAGAUCGACCAGUUCCUGAAGGAGACAGCAGCCCGUGAGGCCAACGCCAAGGUUCGCCUCCAGCACUUCAUCGAGGAGCUGCUGGACCGGGCAGACCGGGCCGAGAAGCAGCUCCAGAUCAUCAGCAGCAGCUGCGGCACCACCCCAAAUGGCAGCUUGGGACGCUGUGGCACGCCAGGGGCCAAGGCCACCGGCCGACCGGUACCUCCACGGGCACAGAGAGAUCGGCACCCAGGGCCAGGGGUGGUCGUGCACGGUCCUUACGGUGUGUCCAACCAGCGCUCCUCCUCCAGCACGGGAGCCUCGAGCCGGGUGAAAGCCGUGUCGCAGAGCUCGGGCUGCUAUGACAGCGACAGCGCGGAGCCAUGUCCCACUGAUGACACCGCAGAUGGACAUCCCUACCCAGCGCGGGACGGCGGCCGGGGCUCGGGGCUGCGCCGACAAGCCAUCCAAAACUGGCACCGCCGGCCCUACCGCAACAGCACCGAGGGCGAGGAGGGGGACGUCUCCGACGUGGGGUCCCGCACCACUGAGUCAGAGGCUGAGGGCUGGGAGCCAGAGGGACCCGGAUCCGCUGCAUCCCGACCUGGUGGCAGCUGUCGGCUGACGGCCAGGACCGAGGGGCCAGGGGGCAAGGUGGGCCGACUGGAGAGGGGCAGCCCAGGCCACUCCAGCGAGGUGAUCAGCCCCGAGAUCCUCAAGAUGCGAGCGGCUCUUUUUUGCAUCUUCACCUACCUGGACACCAAGACGCUGCUCCGGGCGGCUGAGGUGUGCAAGGACUGGAAGUUUGUGGCCCGGCACCCAGCCGUGUGGACCCGGGUGCUGCUGGAGAACGCCAGGGUGUCCUCCAAGUUCCUGGCCAUGCUGUCUCAGUGGUGCACCCAGAUGCACUCCCUCACUCUCCAAAACCUCAAGCCACGCCAGCGGGGGAAGAAGGAGAGCAAGGAGGACUACAUGAAGAGCACACGGGGCUGCCUGGAAGCUGGGCUGGAGUCCUUGCUGAAGGCGACAGGCAGCAACCUGCUCAUCCUCCGCAUCUCGCACUGCCCCAACGUGCUGACGGACCGCUCACUCUGGCUGGCCAGCUGCUACUGCCGGGCCCUGCAGGCUGUCACCUACCGGAGCUCUACAGACCCCGUGGGUCAUGAAGUCAUCUGGGCCCUUGGAGCAGGUUGCAGGGACAUCAUCUCUCUCCAGGUCGCACCUCUGCAUCCGUGCCAGCAGCCGACACGUUUCAGCAACCGCUGCCUUCAGAUGAUCGGCCGGUGCUGGCCCCACCUGCGGGCGCUGGGCAUCGGAGGGGCCGGCUGCGGUGUCCAGGGACUGGCGUCCUUAGCCCGAAACUGCAUGCGGCUUCAGGUUCUGGAGCUGGACCACGUGGCAGAGAUUAACCAGGAGGUUGCAGCAGAGAUGUGUCGAGAAGGGUUGAAGGGGCUGGAGAUGCUGGUGCUGACCUCCACACCAGUCACCCCCAAAGCCUUGCUGCACUUCAACAGUGUGUGCCGGAACCUGAAGUCCAUCGUCGUGCAGGUGGGCAUUGUGGACUACUUCAAGGAGCCCCACAGCCCUGAAGCCAAGAAGAUGUUUGAAGAAAUGGUGAACAAACUCCAGGCCCUGAGGAAGAGACCCGGCUUCUCCAAGAUUUUACACAUCAAAGUGGAAGGAAGCUGUUAGACCUUCAGGGAACCACAAAGCACAUUCCCUCCUCGGCCCGGCGGAGCCAGAGGUCCCCACGAAACCAAACCCACCAUCCGCCGCUCAUCCUCUGCUGGACCUGGAGCACGGAGACGCUGGCCCAUGCACACAAAAACCCAACAAACUCUUGCAGGCCUUAGUGACUUGCAGCCGGCACUUGUCCCCAGGGCCAGCUCGUGGGCGAGAAGGUGCUACUUAAGGAAAUUUUUCAGCUGCCCAAAGAGGCAGAUCAAUCUCUUUCUGAAGGUGGCUUCAGACCUCCCCAUGGCUGCUCAUUGCCAAGGAUCCUUGUUUGGGGAAUGUCUUUUUUUCUUCAAAAAUCUCUUUCUGGAGGGUUUUUUGGCCGUUUGAUGGUGUUGGAGAUGAGGGUGGCUCAGCCCGUCUCUGCGGGCUCUUUGUAGAAUGCUGGGGUCAGCAUCGCUGCAUCCUGGCUGGACCAUCCUCAUCCUCUCCAUGAGCUGAUGAAGGUGGGGUGAGAAGGGGCCGUUCCUCCAGAAGAAAUGAGGCCCCACAUUCCUGCAGGGUUUCUGCUCGUUUUCAUUCCAUUUGUUGAACAGAGGGGCACCCAAAACCUGGGUAAAUACCACCCAGAAACCAGCGGCAACCACGGCACAGGGUGGCCAAGCUGCAUCUCGGGAGCUGUAGGAGCCAGAGGACACCAGGAGGGAUGGUCGCUCUUCCAGAGGUUUCCAGCCUCACCUCCUCUCCACCCAAACCUUCCUGCCAAGGCAAUAAACCACCUCCAAAAUCCUCAUCCACCAGGAAACACGGGUCAUGCUUCUGUCCCCACCAACAUCCACCACCCACUCCGGGACAAGUUGUCCCGUGUGGAGAGAGGGACUGGCAUGGGACACCCACGUUUGCCAUCUCAUCGCCUUCCCAAGCAGCCUGAAGGAGAAACCUUGGCCAAAUUGUCCUAAAAUCCAAAGCUGCUGGUGAAAGCACCAACCCAACUGCCCUGGUAGAUCCUUUAUCUAUGGCCAUGGUUUGGGGGUUUUUUUUAAUUCUGCUUUUUUCUUCUGGCUGUCUUCUGGCUGCAAGGGCAUCGUCCCCCCCAAAUAUAUAUAUAUAUAUAUAUAUAUAUAUAUAUAUAUUAUAUAUAUAUAUGUAUAUAUAUAUAUUUCCCAAAGGAAAAGGGUUUUGAAAGGCAUCCAGCGGGGUCAGGUGUGUCCAUCCUCCAUCACAGGGAGAAGGUGCAGGAGGUGUGACACCAGCAGGGACACCCGUCACAGCACUGCCAGCAGCAGGGACUCCCCGCCACCCUGCACCCCAACCAGCCACGCUUGGACCUGAGAUGCUGAGCUGCGAGGAGCUGACUGCGAAAAGCAGAUGUUGGAGGUUUGUCCUCUUCUUUGGACCAUCGUUGGAGGUUUUGGGGUCUGUUGGCCAGCGUGCCUGUGAGGAGACAACCCUUCCCAGGGCAUCUCCCCUUCCUCCAGCCCCACCGAUGUGAUGGGCUGUCAUGGUGCAUCCCCCUGGGCUGCAGACCUGGUACCACCUUCCUCUUCCAUGUCAUGAGAGCUGCAGAUCUCAGCCACGAACCUCAAUAGAGAACAAAACCUGUUCCAAGUCACUGAAACUGGUGGUGGGCUGGAGGCAGCUCCUGGGUCUCCGACCCCAGAAAGCACCUCAGGAGACCAUUUCAUCCACCCCUCAACCUCUCUAUGCUGUCUUCUCCAAAACAGGGUAGGGGUUUUUGGCCAUAACCCUCCGUCUGAAGCACCUCCGUUCCCCCACUGACUGCAGCUUUCCAGGGGAAGGCUGUUCCUUGUAUGCACAAAAUGUGGGAGCCCCAAAAAAAACAUCUGCGAGAAACUACGGCGUCCCACCACGUCCCCAUGGGCAGCACUGGAUGAGCUCCCUGGCAUCAGGGAUGAGCUCCACCACGGAUUUACCUCCAUCCCGGGGAGGCUGGGACACAAUCCAGGGGCAAGAGGAGCAAGGGAUGCCCCAACCAGCAAAAAAGCCACCCAGCAAAGCUAAAACCUCCCCCAGGGACCACAUGGCCACCAUCCCAUGAGCAUGGUCCCAGUGGAGAUGUCACCAUUCGAAACAGCGCAGAGACUUGUGAUAUUCCCUUAAAAAGAAAGUAAGUAUUUAUUUCUAUAAAGAAGAAAAAAGAUUUUAAAGGAAAAUUAUAUACUCAGCAUGUUUAUACACUCUAUGCUUAAAGACUAUCGUGCUGGAGAGUCGUGUCUGAAGACUGAAGGUGGCUGCUCUGGGUUUACUGCGUGUCCAUGCCUGGACCAUCGCUUGGAUGCUCCGGGUCAUGGGGAGGCAAGGACAGGGUGAUGGGAAGCAGGGGAGAUGCUGAGGACUCUUGAAGAAACCUCCUGUGCCCACCAGUGAGGCUGGGGAGGCUGCUGAUGCCAUUGGUGGCCAAGUCUGCUGAUGGCCACCAAUGGCCAAGUCUGCUGGUGGCCACCAAUGGCCAUGUCUGCUGAUGCCAUCCAUGGCAAAGUCUGCUGGUGGCCACCAAUGGCCAUGUCUGCUGAUGCCAUCCAUGGCAAAGUCUGCUGGUGGUCACCAAUGGCCAUGUCUGCUGGUGGUCACCAAUGGCCAUGUCUGCUGGUGGUCACCAAUGGCCAUGUCUACUGGUGGUCGCCAAUGGCCAUGUCUGCUGGUGGCCACCAAUGGCCAAGUCUGCUGGUGGCCAUCCACGGCAAAGUCUGCUGGUUGCCACCAAUGGCCGUGUCUGUUGAUGCCAUCCAUGGCCCAGUCUGCUGGUGGUCACCAAUGGCCAAGUCUGCUGGUGGCCACCAAUGGCCACGUCUGCUGAUGCCAUCCAUGGCGAAGUCUGCUGGCGGCCACCAAUGGCCGUGUCUGCUGGUGGUCACCAAUGGCCAAGUCUGCUGGUGGCCAUCCAUGGCAAAGUCUGCUGGUAGUAACCAAUGGCCGUGUCUGCUGACGCCAUCCAUGGCCAAGUCUGCUGGUGGCCACCAAUGGCCGAGUCUGUUGGUGGCCACAGCACUGUGGAUUGUGGGUGGGUGCGUGAUGUCCCCGUUCCCCCGCUACCACAAGCGUUUUGUACGUCACGGCAGGACAACCUCACCUGAAUUAGUUGCUUUGAAGUGUCACUGAGACCAGACCACAUCACCCACCUGCCCUUGGGCCAUUCCCAAAAAGUCCAAGUUCUGACUCAGCAAAGCCACGUUUUUACAAAAAUCCUGCGGUGACACAAGACCUUGAGCAGGUUCGAGGAUUAGAAGAUGGAAAGUGGGGGUUUUUUUCCCCAUUUUUCCCAGGCUUGGAUGGGUUCCUUCCUCCUCCUCCUUGCCUGGGGAUGAAGGCGGCCUGCAUGGUGACAAAGGCUUGGUGAUGAGAGCCCUGCAUCUCCUUGGCCCUCCUGGUGGCUCCUAAUUGCCCAGGUUGUUAAUGGCAACGAGCUAAUUAACGGCUCCAUGUUUCCUCCUUGGAAAUGUCAUAUUGAUGGUUUCCCUGCUGCUCUCCCUCCCCCACAAACCCCCAUCCCAACAGGAUGCUCCGGCAAUGCUGCCCGUGGCCGUAGGAUUCACCGCGUCAGUCGUGGAGUUUCAACCCCAUUUCUUCUUGAAAUGGCAGAGAUGCACAGAAGCACCAAAUCCUCCGAGAAAGCCUUGAAAUCAUGCGGUGAAUUGAGGUGCUGGUGGGGAAGGGAUCACCGCAGUGGGAGCUCAACCCCAUACGAGACCCUAGAGAAGCCCCAAGAGGGACUUUGCGAUGACAAUCGCCAACAAAAGCCAGGGCACAAGGACCCGACCCGGGUCGAGCAUCAGCGAUGAGCAACUUUCAUAGAAUCACAGAAUCAUUUUGGUUGGAAAAGCCCCUCAAGAUCAUCAAAUCCAACCGUUCCCCCAGCCCUGUCCCUGCCCCAUGUCCUGAGAACCUCAUGUCCGUCUGUCCAGCCCUCCAGGGGUGGUGCCUCCACCACUGCCCUGGGCAGCCUGUUCCAAUGCUCAAGGUCAUGGUGAUGACCAUGUCUGGCAGGGGUUGGAUGGACGAGUCCCAUGGGACCAGUUUUGGGGGGAUUUAGUCCUUUUUCAGGUGAUUUUGCCCAAAGUUUCCCCAUGGCCAAUGCUCAUGGCGUUCCCCUUCACUUGAGUUUAGGUGCUGGUCUGGGAUCUCCAGAGGAACAUCACCAGCAAAGCCACCUCAGGGGCCAAAUUUAUCCCAAAUCCAUGUUUUUCUGUCUCCUUGCAUGUUGGAUUUUCUCGUGUGGGGUCCACAGGAAAAGCGGGGAACCCCACAGGUUGGCUCCGUCCAUUUAAACCUCUUUAUCAAGAUAAAAAAGGCAAGACAAUAAAUCCCAUCUCACCGUGUGGCACAGUCCCAGCUGCCACGGCUUGGCUGGCUUGUUUGGAUCCUCCAAAAGGCUCCGAAUUUGGUUAAAAUAGAACAAAAAAAUCACAUUAAAAGCGUUGGUAAAGGGUCUUAAAGCGGUCAAACAACGUUUUGUCUCAGCUCUGAUAGGAGCCCACCCCAGGAGCUUCAGCAUCACUUCAGCCCCUCGUUUUGGGUUGAAAACCUGCAGGUUUGGGUGCAGCGAAAGCAUUUGGGAAUCGGUGCCAAAAAAACAAUAAACAGGGAACAGGGAGAUUUUAGCAACUGGGGGUGGUUUAUUGUGAAUGAAGCAUCACAGGGUGUUGCACGGUGAGCGAUUCAACCUGCCCUGUCAGUGGGAGAUGAAAUAACCCCCGGGGUGAAGCUCAAAGUGCCCGAAAGCAGGAAAAAUGGGGUGAGGCAAAGGGGGCCGGGGACAAGCGGGUGCAAUGGUGGGGGGGUAGGAAGCUGAGAGAUAAUCAGAGGACGCGCUGCCCCCGGGGAGAGGAAAAUAUAUAUAAAUAUACAUCUACAGGAAUUGCAAUGGUUUCCCUGAACUGGCAGCGUUUGCUCCCCAGUGAGUGAUUCCCCAUCCAGCACCUCCCCCUCCCCAAAGGCAGCGCCUUCGCCUCCUAAGUUAUUUUUUUAAAAACUCUAUAAAUUUAGGUCUAUUUUAGUGUUUUUCGCAGCGACGUGCCAGUGUCUGGAGAACCAAACGUCCCUUUUCCCCACGAUCCCUUGAUGCUAAACUGGGUCCUUGAUGCUAAAUCCACCCAAUGCUGCUCUGGAGGGGGGAGCAGCAGAUUGUGGGGAGCAGCCUGAAUUUGGGGGGUCGGAGGAGGCUCUGGGUGGUUUUGGGGGCUGAGGAGGGGGAAGGUGGGAGCUGCCGCCCCUCGGCCGCGGGAAAGCCGUGUUUUUAGCACUUUGGUUGGUACUAUCACCUGUAGACGCACUUUGAUGUUGUUGCUUUGAAAUUUUGCCGAGUGUCAACAAUGUGUAUUUAAAGAAUUACCAAAAAAAAUAAGGUGUGUAAAGAGAUAUUUUAUGAUUCAGUGGUGAAUAAACUCUUGAGAUGGAGGUGGGGCUUUCGCUCUGCCCGGGGUCACAUUGAAUCUGAGCCAGUGGUGCCCAGCACCAAACUGGUUCACACUUUGUGAACAGAAUUAAUGCAUUUUGUGGUGUCACUUCCCUAAUUAAAUGAGAUCUCCAAGGGCUGAGAGUAAAUCUCUUCCACUCUCCUUCAUUUCAACCCAGCAGACCCUCGUCCCCCCCAUGUUCCCCGAGGGGAUUUUCCUGCCAAACCCCACAAUUCAUCCCUGAGGCACCAGCAG